AUGGACCCUCCUCCAUGGGUCCGUCCCUUUGUUCCCCUAACAAGUCCAUCGGCUGUGUUUGCUCUUCAAGAGAUGGAAAAGAAACCGGAGGUCCUACCUUCCACUGAAUCGGACUUGCUUCUCCUAGAUCCCCCUCCUCCUUAUCUUCCCUCCCUCUGCCCUCAGGCAGCCCACCUGUCAGCUCCACCAGAGGACCCACAAGGAGCAAGGGAGGGACCUGCGCAGGGGAUACGUAGUAGGCGAGCAGCCCCUCGGGAGGCUGUUCCCACCCUCCCUCCCUCUGAUCUCACUAACCUUGUAGAAUCCCUCCUCUGUACUCAUCAGCCCACCUGGGAUGACUGCCAGCAGCUCCUCCAGGUCCUGUUCACCACCGAGGAGAAACAACAAAUCCUCCUGGAGGCUCGAAAGAACGUUCCAGGAGAUGAUGGGCAACCUACCCUCCUCCCUGAUGUUAUAGAUGCAGGAUUCCCAUUGACCAGACCAAACUGGGACUUCAACUCAGCAGAAGGGGCUACAGGGAGCAGACAAUACCCAUGGACUACCCGAAGAACAGUGGACGUAGGCGUGGGCCGGGUAUCCCACUCGUUUAUUGUCAUUCCUGAGUGCCCCUACCCACUACUGGGAAGAGACCUCCUCACCAAAAUGGGUGCUCAAAUCCAUUUAGACUCCGAGGGACCUCGGGUGUUAAACCGACAAGGAAAGCCUCUCCAGGUAUUAACUCUCAGGCUGGAAGAUGAAUACCAAUUGUUUGAGAGACAAGGGCAGGAGACUGGACAGAUGGACUGGUGGUUAGAAAACUAUCCCCAGGCGUGGGCAGAAACUGUAGGGGUAGGGAAGGCUAAAAACCAGCCCCCCGUCCACAUAGAGCUGAAGGCUCAAGCCAGUCCUAUAGCUGUCCGACAAUACCCAAUGUUCCGAGAAGCACAUGAAGGCAUCCGACCCCACAUUGCCUGUUUGCUCCAGCUGGGGAUUCUAUGGAAGUGCCAAUCAGCCUGGAACACGGCCUUGCUACCAGUCUGAAAACCUGGCACUAAUGAUUACUGACCAGCCCAGGACCUCCGAGAGGUAAACAAGUGGGUGACCGACCUCCACUCCACAGCUCCUAACCCCUAUAAUCUUUUAAGCUCUUUACCCACAGACAGGACCUGGUACUCAGCACUGGAUCUCAAAGAUGUAUUCUUCUGCUUACCGCUGGCUGUAAAAAGUCAAGGUUACUUUGCCUUCAAAUGGAAAGAUCCAGAGACUGGCCUAGCAGGGCAACUCACGUGGACCUGCCUGCCUCAAGGAUUCAAAAACUUGCCCACCAUAUUUGACGAGGCCCUCCACCAAGACUUGGCUAUGUUCUGGGCCUCAAACCCCCAGGUAACUCUGUUGCAGUAUGUAGAUGAUCUCCUCCUGGCAGCAGCUGACGAGGAACUGUGCCUGGAAGGAACAAAGUGUCUCCUCACAGAGUUGGGAGAACUGGGCUUUCGAGCCUCUGCCAAAAAGGCUCAGAUCUGCAAGUGA